CUGGCUGAGUGUGCCGCCGGCGGGCUGGAGGCCCUGCGCGCCACCAUGGAGCUACAGCGCCCGCGGCCACGGGGACCGCUGCAGCCCCGGGGACGCGUGUGGAGGAACGGGGGGUAAGGCCCGGGCCUCCGGGAACUGGACCUCCGGUCCCUCACCGUUCGCCGGCCCCGACUGCUCCGCCCUGCCUUGCUGGGGGAGCAGGCUGCGACCCCGCCCGACGAUGCGCGUCCCCGGAGGCUGACCACCCCUCGCGCUGCGCUCCGCCCGAGCCCUCCACGCGCACCCCUCCCCAUGGCCUGGCUGGGUGCCGGGGGCGCGGCGGACCGGCCUGUGUCCCCGUCCCGGCGCGCUUCGGCAGGUUCCGCGUCGUCGUCGUCCUCCUCGUCCGGGGCCUCGGCCUCGGCCUCGGGAGCGGGGCUCUGGGCCGCGCUCUACGACUACGAGGCGCGCGGCGAGGACGAGCUGAGCCUGCGGCGCGGCCAGCUGGUGGAGGUGCUGUCCCAGGACGCCGCCGUGUCCGGCGACGAGGGCUGGUGGGCCGGCCAGGUGCAGCGGCGCCUGGGCAUCUUCCCCGCCAACUACGUGGCGCCGUGCCGCCCGGCCGCGGGCCCCGCGCCGUCCCCCGCCGGGCCGCCGCCGCCCCCGCGGCCCGGCUCGCCAGUGCACGUCGACUUCGAGCGGCUGGAGCUCAAGGAGCUCAUCGGCGCGGGCGGCUUCGGGCAGGUGUAUCGCGCCACCUGGCAGGGCCAGGAGGUGGCCGUGAAGGCGGCGCGCCGCGACCCGGAGCAGGACGCGGCGGCGGCGGCGGAGAGCGUGCGGCGGGAAGCCCGGCUCUUCGCCAUGCUGCAGCACCCCAACAUCAUCGAGCUGCGCGGCGUGUGCUUGCGGCAGCCGCACCUCUGCCUGGUGCUCGAGUUCGCCCGCGGAGGCGCGCUCAACCGCGCGCUGGCAGCCGCGAACGCCGCCCCCGACCCGCGCACGCCCGGCCCGCGCGGGGCGCGCCGCAUCCCCCCGCACGUGCUGGUCAACUGGGCGGUGCAGAUCGCGCGGGGCAUGCUCUACCUGCACGAGGAAGCCUUCGUGUCCAUCCUGCACCGGGACCUCAAGUCCAGCAACAUUUUGCUCCUUGAGAAGAUAGAGCACGAUGACGUCUGCAACAAAACAUUGAAGAUCACAGAUUUUGGGUUAGCUCGAGAAUGGCACAGGACGACCAAAAUGAGUGCGGCAGGCACCUAUGCUUGGAUGGCCCCAGAAGUGAUCAAGUCUUCCCUAUUUUCUAAGGGAAGCGAUAUCUGGAGCUAUGGAGUACUGCUUUGGGAACUGCUGACUGGGGAAGUCCCCUAUCGAGGCAUCGAUGGUCUAGCUGUGGCUUAUGGAGUAGCGGUCAAUAAGCUCACUUUGCCCAUUCCAUCCACCUGUCCUGAGCCUUUUGCCAAGCUCAUGAAAGAAUGCUGGCAACAGGACCCUCAUAUUCGUCCAUCAUUUGCCUUGAUUCUUGAACAGUUAACAGCUAUAGAAGGGGCAGUUAUGACUGAACUGCCUCAAGAAUCUUUUCAUUCCAUGCAAGAUGACUGGAAAUUAGAAAUACAACAAAUGUUUGAUGAGCUGAGAACAAAGGAAAAGGAGCUGCGUUCCCGGGAAGAGGAACUGACCCGAGCAGCCCUUCAGCAGAAGUCCCAGGAAGAAUUGCUAAAGCGGCGUGAACAGCAGCUUGCAGAACGUGAGAUUGAUGUGCUGGAGCGGGAGCUUAACAUUAUGAUAUUCCAGUUAAACCAAGAGAAGCCUAACGUAAAGAAGAGGAAGGGGAAAUUUAAAAGAAGUCGUUUAAAGCUCAAAGAUGGACAUAGGAUUAGUUUGCCUUCCGAUUUCCAGCAUAAAAUUACUGUGCAGGCAUCUCCCAACUUGGACAAAAGGAGAAGUUUGAACAGCAGCAGCUCCAGCCCACCCAGCAGCCCCACAGUAAUUCCUCGACUUCGGGCUAUACAAUUGACCUCAGAUGAAAGCAAUAAAACUUGGGGAAGGAACAUGGUCUGUCGACAAGAAGAAUUUGAAGAUUUAAAAAGGAAUUUUAAGAAAAAAGGUUGUACUUGGGGACCAAAUUCAAUUCAAAUGAAAGAAAGAACUGAUUGCAGAGAAAGAAUAAGACCUCUCUCAGAUGGCAACAGUCCUUGGUCAACUCUCAUCAUAAAAAAUCAGAAAACCAUGCCACUGGCUUCAUUAUUUGUGGAGCAAUCAGGAACUUGUGAAGAGCCAGAUCAUUCUCCUGAAGGAUUAGAACACAGAAAACCAAAGCAAAUCAAAUUACCUAAUCAAGCCUACAUUGAUCUACCUCUUUGGAAAGAUGGCCAGAGAGAAAAUCUUGGGGAACCUGAAAGGUGGGAGGAAGGGACUCCUGGAAGCCCUGUAGCUUGCACUCAGUUGAACCCUACAAAUAAUCUGAGCCGGUCCCCCCAGAGAAAGAAAAUGGAGUCUGCUUUGUACGGCUGUACCAUGCUUCUUGCAUCAGUGGCUUUGGGACAGGAUAUCAGAGAGCUAAAUAAAGCACAGACAGCUGAAGAACUGUUACCCAAGGAAGAAAGGAAGAAACGCGAGGGCAUCUUCCAGCGGGCCCCCAAGUCCCGCAGCAAUGCCAGUGUUCCCAGGAGGCUUCCCCCUACAGGGGAGGGGGCCAACUGCUCACCCUGGGUCUCUCUGCCAAGCACUGGGAGCCUUCUGUCAAUGCCUUCUCUCUCCACAAAGUGUUUGCUGCAGACUGACGGAGAAGAUUCAUUUGAGGGCAGUACACAUACUACUUGUGACCCCAGCAUGCCUACUGAAGAUUUUUGCCCUUCCAUCAGAGGAAGUAGUCAUGAGCCAGCCUGCAUGCCAGAACUUGAGGCUCAUCUUACUAGGUGGAAAAACCUAUCUCCCUUCACAGAGCAGACAUGUGGGAAUGUGCCUUAUGUUUCUUCUGAAAGAGCAACAUGUCACAGAAGGACCAGAUCUGAUGGAAAUGCCAUCCAGGGCCCAAGUGGUGCAACUAUUGUCACAACUAACCGAGUCUCAAAACUCCAUUUGGACCUAGGUUUAGGGAUUCCCCUGUCGUCUUCUAGCACUCACAGUAACCUGCCCACUGAGGUCCUUCCUGAAAAUCAAAGAACUGUCAGUAGCAGGACUCUGCCCGGCUCCCGCUCCUUGAGAAGCCCUCUAGAUUUCCAGUUGCUGCCUUUACAGGUUCACCAGGUAGUGGGUGGUUCAGGACCAAGCCCUCACUGCUCCCUUGAUGCCAAGGAUAAAACUAAACCCCACGUGCCUUCCUUACUGGAUGCUGAUGUUGAAGGACAGAGCAUGGACGGCACAGUGCCUCUGUGUAGGAUGAAGAACAGAACUACCCGUCCAUCUAUAUAUGACCUCGAGAAAGAAUUUCUGUCUUAAGUGCCUUUGAUUGGUCAAGCAUUUUGUUGUUUGUUGUUGCUUUUUUUUUUAAGGUGAAAAAUUAGGGCAAUGUUUUUUCCCAUUGAAUUGUUUCGUGCUGCUGUGUUUUCAAAAACUGUGGUCAUGUUAUUUUUAUGGUUAUGUGGUUUCCCAAAAAUUAUAUGUGAUUUUUGUUAGUUGUUUAUAUUGUGUUUCUUGUCCCCCUCCCCCACUGUUCUUAACUUGAAUUGCAGACACAUAAAAAACAAAUUUAAAGCUGUGUAUCGAGGUGGAGGUGGGGAGGGGCAUUACCUUAAGCACAAUGUCAACAUUUUGUCUUCAUUUGUAAUAUUAUAUAGAAAAAUUGUUAUGAGAGAUACCAUUUUAGUUUCCUUCCAUGCUUUCUUUUCUGUUUUUUUUGCCUUCCUUCCUUCUUUUCUUCCUUCCUUUUUUGUUAUGUGUAACAAAAAGAACAAAAAUAAUGUGAUAUUAAUAAGUAAAGGGCUAUUUAAAAUUUUUUGAUGACUAGGAUAAAUGCAGAGUCCUAUUAAAACUAAUACUAUGCAGCAGUAGCUUAUACUGUGUAAAUAAUGUCGAGUUCUCACCUAAAUUAUGCAAUAUUUUUCUCUCUGAGGAAAUUUUACUGAAUGUAACUUGUUGAAGUUUUAUUGAAUGUAAUAUAAAUUUUUUACACAUUAAAACUCCAACAGAUUAAUAAGAAACUUUUUGAUCCAUAGUAGGUGCCAGGGAUCAAACCAAGGUCCUCCACAUCCAAAGGCGAGCGUCUUAUCUGCGGUAUUAUCUCUCAAGCACCUCUAACACAUAUUUUAAAAAGAUUAAUCAUUGAGAUUUGAUGAAAACCAUGCAAUAGAAGGAAAACUCCCCUGCAGAUUCAUAUUGUGAAAAGGGUUCUUCAGUAGUGGUGUAUUUGGUAUUCAGAAGCACAAUUAAAAUUUUCUGAAAUAUGUAUCGUGUAUUUUAAACAUUUGUGUCAUUUUAUUUCACUUUACUUAAAAUCUUGUACUCCAAAUACACAUAAAGAGCAUCAUAGUCAAGGCAAGAUGUAGAAGUGCAUUGGUAUAUUAAGUAGUUAUCUCACAUUUCAUUUCAUUGUGAUUUAUAAAUAUUAGGC